UAAAACCCAGAGAGGACCGCGUGCUCCGUCCCGUUGGAGGAAAAGCACUCGGAGGGCCUGGUGAACCUCAGGAGACCCGAGAAGAAGCUCCGCAAUUUCAGCAAGAGAGCCCGAGGGGAAGAAUCACGGGAUGACCUCGAGAAACAUCUCCGGACAGUCCUCCUCCUACAGGAGGAUCUUUGGAGAGGAGAGACCUGGGAUGGCGCGGACCACCUUCUCCAGCCGCCACUUCUCGAGCCCGCUGCGCUCGCGGGUCUCCUACAGCGUGUCCUCGGUGCCCAUGGUGAGGACCACCCAAAGCAUCCGGAGCUUCAGGAGCGCCGCCGCGCCCCGACUCGGGUCCGAGCCGCUGGACUUCUCCUUGUCCGAGGCGGUGAACGCCGAGUUCCGGGCGACGCGCACCAACGAGAAGGCGGAGAUGCAGCAUCUGAACGACCGCUUCGCCUCCUACAUCGAGAAGGUGCGUUUCCUGGAGCAGCAGAACCUCGCGCUGCACAAGGAGCUCGAGGGGCUCCGCGGCCGCGGCGCCUCGCGCGUCUCCGAGCUCUACGAGCAGGAGCUCCGGGAGCUGCGCGCGCUCGUGGACCGGCUGAGCAACGAGAAGAGCCGCGCGGAGGUGGAGCGGGACAACCUGGGAGCGGACCUGGAGCGCCUGCGGGACAGACUCCGCGACGAGGCUCUCCAAAGGGAGGAGGCAGAGGUGAACCUGCAGAGCUUCAGACAGGAUGUGGACAAUGCCUCCCUGGCCCGGCUGGACCUGGAGCGCAAGGUGGAGUCACUGGAGGAUGAGAUUGCUUUCUUGAAAAAGCUUCAUGAAGAGGAGCUGGCUGAGCUGCAGGCUCAGAUUAAAGACCAUCAUGUGCAGGUUGAGAUGGAUGUGGCCAAGCCAGAUCUGACUGCUGCCCUACGUGAUGUUCGCCUGCAGUACGAGAACCUGGCUACCAAGAACAUCCAGGAGUCAGAGGAGUGGUACAAGUCCAAGUUCGCUGACCUCUCCGAGGCGGCUGCCCGCAACAAUGAGGCCCUCCGGCAGGCUAGACAGGAGGCCAAUGACUACCGACGCCAAGUUCAAGCCUUGACCUGUGACCUGGAUGCCCUCAAGGGAUCUAACGAGUCCCUGGAGCGCCAGAUGCGGGAGAUGGAGGAGAAGUUCACCGUGGAGGCCUCUGGCUACCAGGAGAAUGUGGCCCGCCUUGAGGAAGACAUCCGCAACAUGAAGGAUGAGAUGGCUCGCCACCUGCGUGAGUACCAGGACCUGCUCAAUGUCAAGAUGGCACUGGACAUCGAGAUCGCCACCUACAGGAAGCUGCUGGAAGGAGAGGAGAGCCGGAUUUCUACUCCUCUGCCCAACUUCUCUUUGUUAAACCUAAGAGAGUCAAUGAUGGAGACCCGACCAAUGAUUGAAAACAUGUCCAAGAAGGUGCUGAUAAAAACCAUCGAGACCAGGGAUGGACAUGUGGUCAACGAGUCAACCCAGAACCAUGAGGACUUGGAGUGAGUUGCCACUGUAACAAUGAAAAAGGAAGACAAUGACAUACAAAAUGAAACACAAAAAACACCAAAGUGCAAGAUAGUGUUUUCGAAUUAGAGCACGAGAGGCGGGGAAAAGUUUUUCUAGUUUCUUUUAGAGAGAAAAAAAAAUCUAAAACAUGGAAAAAA